UCCCUAGGGCUAAUUUAGCUUUUUGCAUCGCAUCUUUAUGCGGGUGGUCGAAAUUCUUUCCUCUUUUGAAAAUAAUCGUGGAAACGGAAUCCAACCAAAACACUGAAACAUCAUCAACUUCUUUAUAGACUUGACAAAGUGGAGAGUUACGUUUUCGUCAAAAUCCAACCCGCCACUUAAACACUGUUUCUUUUUAAUUUAGUAGGGUUUUAUCAGUUUGUCUUUAGUUCGGAUAGCAGUCAAACGCAAGGAUGACCAUGGAGGCAAGGUAAGAUAAAAAGUUACCCUGAAAGCUAUCUUUCUCAAUUUUAGAACUGUCGAAAAGGAAUGAGAUUAGUAGUAAAUAUUGCGAUUAUUGGUAAAAUUAAUAGAUUUUCAUCCCCAAACUAGAUCGUGUAAUCCUCUCAUGCGAUUCUCGUGAUCUGAAACAUCGUGUUUUUCACAAUUGCAGUGACCUAAUCGCUGCCUUGCAAAUUGAAUUAAUACUUCUCCAGUAUUGUAAUGAAAAUAGAUAAGGAAUGCAUAGAUUGCUAGACGUUUUCGACGAUUUGUUACGAUUCUCAAGUUCCUUGGACACUUAAUCACGUAACUUUGGUCACGCUAAAAACAUCGGAACUGAUGUUGUUGUGUUUUGUUCUUCCCGUUGUCUGAACCAACAAAAAGACACGGGACAAGGUUACACCUUAAUUGUUUCAUUAAUGAUGGGAUUGAAUUGUUAAGCAACUGUUCAGUGAAUUUCAAUGGUAAAUUGGAAUUGUAAGUAUUUUGCAACAUGGCUUGAUCCAGGCCAUGUUGUUGGAGAACUACUCCAGCGCAAAAGUGACACAAAUCACGACUGAAAUUCACCUUUUUGCUGAUUGGCAGCUCUUUUACCCCGGUGAAAGGGUGGAUUCAGAUCCCCCCCCCCCCGUGGGGUUUUCAAUUACUUGUCUGACGCCAAAAUUCUUGCAACGACAGGAUGUCACUAUACUCAAUAUGAAGUACAGAAAACUAACUUGUCUUGAAAUAUUUCUUGGCCCAUUUAGGCUGUAGUGUAACAAAAAAUGACUGUAUUUUCUGAAUCAAAUUUGGGCCCCAAACACCUGAAUCCACCCCUGAGUUCACCGAAGUGUAAUCAGUGAUUUAGGAUGGUACAUAAUGUGCUUUUGGGGCCCCUCUUUGGGUGAGAUACUUAGGUGUUAUAAGGCAAAAUGGGAGAUGUAUGGAAGGACGUGCAUGACACACAUGAUCAGGACCAAUGAUGCAUUUGAUCUGAAACACAACAAAUAGUAAUGAUUAGCUUCAUUUAAAGGGAGGAGCCCGUCUCAAUCUCCUCCUAAACAACCGGUUGUUUACUACAGAUGUACCUCCCGCCCUUCCCAUGAUUCUUUUAAGAUCCAAACAAAAAAAUCAUUAAUUCAAUGCUCUUAGUUUUCUUUUGUUUUUUUCCUUUUGUACGCUGUUGUAUGUUAUCACAAUUUUUCAUCGCUGCAUGGAAUGUGUCAUGUUGUGAAGUUUAUUAGCAUAAGUACUUAAAGUUUGACAUAAGUAGUUUCUUAGUUACUUCGUUUCCCUCGUUGGAGGCAGUGGUUCCUUCUCGUAAAUCGCAGCUCAAAAUCGCGGCAAGAGCCACCUAAGCAACAAAUGCGUCCCAGCAACAAAUGCAUCAUUCAUAAAGUUCACUCUAAUCCUUUCUCGAAUCUUCUUUUAAAGUUUUUUAACUUUCUAUUUUAAUUUUAACCACACUUAAAAUAUUGAUCCGUUAACCGCAGUCGCCUCCGGCGUAGGAUAUUAAAUAAAGCAAGUUAAAAUUUGCAAGACUCCUCCCGAUAGAGAGGUGUAUUCAUUUGGUCACGCGAGCGAUAUUGUUGCAAAUAUUAUCGUUUAACUCUUUUAAAUUCAAUUUAUGUGUGCUAAAUGUAUUAAGAGAAAACUAAUUUUCUAAUCUUAACUUUUACUGAGAUUCACUCAAGUAAACGUGUGCACACGACAAAACUGAUUUAUUUCGGAUAAGUAAAGGUGUACAAUAGUUACAAAACCUCCUGAGAUGUUCCUUUUUAAUAAAUUCCGUUUGAUGCUUCCUAAAAAAUGUUAGGCGGGUCGAAUUAGUAUAUUUUAACUUUUGGGGCAAAGUACUGUCAAUUAACUCACUAAGAAGAAAUUGAAAUCCCGACAUAAAGGGGUGUAAUUAUAGUACACUAUUAGAGUGUAGAAUUCCUUUAGUAUUGUAAAAGUUCAGUGCAGUGUGAAAUUUGCAAACAACAUCCGCUCAGUCUCGGAAAGAACUCGUUCGGCGUUCUGCACCGGAUCAAGACAAUUUUCAUCGGUAUAGAGGACAGGAUGGGAAUAAUACAUUCAUCAAAAUCAUACGAUCUCCCUUACAUCCCAGAUAAUAAGCCACAACCCAGGUAUGCACUCCGAAAACAAUGUAAACAACAUUGCCUUUGAAACUUGUAAUGCUUAGUUAACACUAGUUUUGAUGGCCACGAACAAAAAAGUGGUUAAAAACCGAUGGCACUCUUCGUUAAGCCUUUUUUGAUUGUCAAUCUCUUCAUUUCAAGCGUCACUAAACAUUUGAUCCUCUCAUUCGGCAAUGUUCAUCUCGAUUGAAUUCUUGGCGAUUUCAGUUUUAGUUGUUUAUUGGAUGAAAUUCUUUCGUUUAAACCCCCCAAAAAUCGAUAUUCUGUUCUGCAGAGUUAAAGAGCCGUUGCCACUGAGCUCAUGCUGCGACUGAUGCCAAAUGCAUUCCCGAGUGUCGACUAAAGAGUAAAUUUAAACUAAUCACUUCUAAGCUUUUCUUGCGAAGCGACCCAAAACUUUCGCUCAUCAAAGUUCACAUUUGGUUCACUUACAUGUAAGCGUUUUCCCUGUAAAACUGCAAAUACCACUUAAAAGUCUUUCCUCUAUUCAUUAAGUAUGAAUUAUCAAAGGAGAGGUCAGUACUUUAACAAUCACACCUUGCAUGCAAUAGCUUACUAGUUUAGAUUUCCGCAGAUCAUUUAAUUUUUUUAUCAUGUUACUGCACUUAAGGUUAAGCAGAAAGUUAGUGGCAUAGGUUAUUCCCUUCAUUUAAUUGAAUUGUUUUCUUCUGUAAUUUUUUUUUGCUAUUUUGAUCAUAUUACGCAGCAGAAUAUUUGAAUUCCUGAAAUAGUGGUGCUGAAAUUAUGUCUGCGAUCUAUAACCUCGCUGGAGGUUGUUUAAAAAUAGGUAUGCAAUGCGUACAAAGGUUCAAUCGCAAGGCUAUUCCCAAGCCCUAGAGAUCGGGAUGAAUUGGAAUAUUUGUACACAGUUAAAAAAUGACUGAGGCUGAAUCAUGUCGUUUUGACUUCAACUUGCAGCGGCGGAAAGUCAUCUGAGUUGACUGAUCUUCAGAUUGAAUUGAUCCAUGGCUCCUGGGAAAAAGUCAAACCAAAUAAGAAGUACCAUGGUGAACGGUUAUUUCAUAAGUGAGUAAAUUACCUCCUCAUGUUGGCCAUUAUCCCUUUAAACCCUAACAUCAGUAUGCAGGGGUGAUACUGUAAGAAGAACUUGAAUACUGGUCACUCUUCCAGUUUAAAGGGUUAAGUGAGGGGUAAAAUAGUCUUUUCUCAACAGUGAUUACACUGUCAGUAAUAAUUCCCAUAAGAAAAUGGUUGACCCAAGUACUUAAAUAAAAAAACAUCAUUAAGGGUGAUACCACUACAUAGAGACAGCUGUGUCUGAAACUGAAGCUGGCCUUUGAUCUGCAAAAUUAGCUUCUUGCAAUAUAUUGGUGCCGUGUCACUGAAUAAACAUUUGUCAUAAUAGGCAUUUUCAUCUCAUAACUUUUAUUGUCAGCUGUCAAAAAAAAAUCAAAUCAAAUCAAUAGCCUUAUACACAAAAGCAAGAUGUAAAUCAAACCCUUUCUGGGUGCCUAUGUCAUCUCUCAGGAGAAUGCAAGUACAAAGAAAUGCGAAUUAAACAACAAAGUUUGUAACUUGUUUGGAGCUUGGACUGUAUAUAGUAACUGACAGGACUAUCACAUAACCUCAGGGUUCAUCACAUGAUUCAUCAAACUGAGGAUUGAAAGAAACGCACCCAAGUUCUGCAUGACUCGUAGACAACUUUGAACUUUUUGACAAUGUUGAUGAAGCUGUAAACAAUGUUUCUCUAUAGCCUUCUUCAGUCCAAGCAAUAGUCAUAGUUACAAGACUGGACUGGUAUUUGUGGUUAGGGCUGUCUUACUCAACAGCAAAGGGUGGGAAAUGAAGAAUAUGAGACUAGAAAAAAGUAAGAUUGCUUAGAGCUUAAGCAAUAGACAAGUGGAAACUUUUAUCUGACACACCCUCAAAAAUUUAAAACCAACCCUCAUAGCUAAAAAGUUAUUAUUUAUUCUUAAUACUUGCAGGUUAUUUAAUGUGGCACCUCACUUGCAGGAGCUAUUUCCAUUCGGCAGCGACUUAACAAAUCCUAUGUUCACUAUGCAUGCCUUGAAUGUCAUGAACACGCUAGACCUUGCAGUACAACACUUGGAUAAACUGGACAUACUCAUACCUAAGCUAAGAGAACUUGGACAGAUGCAUGCAGCAUUUGAACUUACAGAGGUGGAAUUUCAGGUAGUAUACCAUUUAUCUAUCAUUAUUCAUGCACGUGAGAAAGUGCGAGGGUGCAUGUGAGUGGGGCAGGGAAAGGGAAUGGGAAGGGGUAAAGAGGGAGACUCUCCUUUUGUUCCUUCUUAUCCAAUCAACACUGAAGUAGUGCUAGUCUCCCACUACCACAUAUGAAACUAAGAGACAACCGGGGACAAGUCAGGCUUUUCACCCCUGAUGAUUAUUGUACUCUCUAGUGUUUCCUACCACACCUCCAAUCCUUAGUUCUGUGUCAUGGAAAAUUACCUCUCAAUGCUCUGAACAUUUUCCGUAGCUAAGAUUGAGGUAAUUUCUAUUGAUUUCCUUUUCUUUCUCUACAAAAUUAUUCUUCUUUCAGUAUGUUGGUGAGUCUCUCAUAUGGGUUCUAGAGACAGGCCUUGGAGAUGACUUCACACCAAAGUUAAAGAAAGCCUGGUGUGAUGCCUUUGCGAUCAUCACUAGUGUUAUGUUGGGUGCCAUUAAAGAUAUCAAUGGCUAGUGAAAGACAUCUACAACAUCGAAUCUAAGUAGUUCAUCAGAUUAGGAUCCAUUUUAUGUGAUUAAAAGACAAAUACUCAGCCCAAGAGAUAACUGACAGCAUAAUAAAAUUUUGCAUAUUCAACAUAUCAAAGUGUCAAAAUCCCUGACUCUGAGUGAUUUUUUUCAUUUGAGACUUUGGGAGUUUGAAGAAGUUGAAACUUCAUGUAAGUUGAACCAUAGUCAAGAAAUCACAUAUUAAGUAAUUGAAAAAAAAAA